AUGCCUCCGGCCAAGGCACUUAUAAGCGAUCCAAAGAUUGCUUUUGCCUACCUACGUCCAGCUUGUGUCCUGCUGACUCGCGUGCCUACUUUAAAAAAUGUUGAGACAUUGAGCGCUCAGUUAAAGGAAAUCCAGGAUGCCACCUUGCAGCAGCUUCAAGAGUAUGUCCUCUUCCCCCUCCGCUUUGUGCUCAAAGUCCCCGGGCCCAAAAAGGACAAACUUGUGCAAGCUGUGGUGGAGACUAUCAGUCACGUCCUGGAAAACACCUGUGUUCAAAGCUGGCAGACCCUCCACGACCUCUUCUCAGAGCUCUGCCUCUGCAUUUGCUCCCCAGCCAAUCCAGGGAAACCUGCAGAUACAUCAGAGGAGGUGAAAUUAACAGUGCUGCGAUGCCUGAGCGCUUUGCUUCAUGCAGCAUAUGGCGAUAUUGUCUUGGAAUUCUUCAAAGUCACAAUGUUGCCAGAGCUGGGAGCUGCCGUUUCACUCUUACUGAAUUUGGCAGAGAAAGAGAAAUCCAGAGAUGUUCAGAUAGCAGCUUUGGAGUUCCUGCAGGCUUUGACUCUGCAGUGUGACUGCAUUGAAGAUCAUGUAGUUCCCUCCUCCGAGGAACGGGAAGAAGUAGGCAAUGCCAUGGCUUCGUUCUUACCUGGAAUUACAAUGGCGGUUGCCAGGAUCAUUACAGGGGAUGUCAGACAAGGCCAUGGAGUCACAGUAAGAGCCAUCAAGGUCUGGUCCAGGACGGUCAGCCUCGUCAUGGAAGACGCUCAGCUUCAAUCUAGUGAGCCACCGAAGUCUCCCUCGACUGACCUGGGGAGGAUUGGGCAGCUAAUGGUCGUACGCACACAGGACUGGGUAAAGAACACAUCCGGAAAGCUGUUCCUGCUCCUGAAGAAGAUCAUCUCAAGCACGGUGGCACAUCAACACUGGAAGGUCCGACUGGAGGUGGUGGAGCUGGCUGAACACCUGUUGGACAAGUCUAGUCAGUCUUUAGGAGAGUGUGUUGGACUGCUUCUGGAGACAUUGGUUGGAGCAAUUAAUGAUGAGGAGCCCAAAGUUAGAGAAAGGUGCAAAGUUGCACUCAGAAAUGCGUCCAAGAAAAAUCAAGAAUCUGUCAACCCCAAUGAUAUCAAAUGUAAAAACAACUGUCAGAACUUCACUGACGUUCUUUCGGAAAAUCUUCAUACUCUGGCCACUUCAAUGCCCAGACUAAUGCGGACCUCUGAUGACCAGAAGAAGAUAUUUACCCUUAAUGUCUUUCUGGGUUAUUUAAAGCUCCUAGGACCUUUGGUCUCUGUGGUGCUGAACUCUGCUGUGCAUCUUGAGAGGAUUUCCAAAGCUCUGAUGCAGGUGCUUGAGUUGGACGUCACAGAUGUCCGUAUUGUAGAAGAACGAAGUCACAGUGACACAAUAGAAACAAGUUCAGAUUUCCAUCAAUCAGCUCAAACACGGAGGAAGCGUUUCCUCUUCUUUACAGAUGAGAGGAUCUUUUCUGUGCUCGCAGAGAUCUGUCGAACUUUAGGUUACUAUGGCAACAUUUUUCUAUUGACGGACCACUUCUUGGAUCUGUACCGGCAGUCCUCGGCAUACAGGAAGCAGGCCGCCAUGGUUCUCAAUGAAAUCAUCAGAGGAGCUGCUGGAAUCGCUGUCGUUGCAGAAGAAAAGUCCUUGGAGGGCGAGGAUAGAGGGCUACAAAUCUCCCAGGAAGAACUUAAAGGGGUGGUGAUGCUGGUCAUGGAGGAAUACAUCAGUCUCAACAACUGGCAUUUGAUCACAGUCAAUCAGGAAACUGACAGAGAUCGACAGGACCAACAGCUGCUGAAGCCGCACGUCCUCCUCUCCAUAUCCAACACUUGUGCCGACCCUCUCCAAGUCAUCCCUGCGUCCUCGCCCGCCUCAACGAUCCACCAGCUCAACAGUAACAUCUGGCAGCUGUGCAUCCAGCUGGAGGGCAUGGCCUGCUUUGCUCAAGCCUUGGGAGACAACUUCCGUCCCCUGUUGAUGACAUCGCUGUACCCUGUGCUGGAAAAAGCAGGGGAGGAGACAUUUCUGAUCAGCCAAGCAGCGCUGGACACCAUGUGGGACAUCAGCAAGGCAUGUGGCUACUUGUCUCUGAAGGAGCUGAUCAAUGAAAACUCGGACUAUCUCCUCAAUGACAUCUCACUCAAUUUACAGAGGCUCAGCCAGCAUCCACAGGCUCCACGAGUGCUAACUGUAAUGUUGGCUCACUCUGACUCCACGUUGUUGCCUCUGGUCCGAGACAUUGUCCAGGAUGUGCUAAUGGCUCUCGAUCUCACCUAUGAUAACACAGCCUCUCUCUUCUGCUCUGUACUACACGCACUCAUGAAGGCGCUUGCAAGGUGGUUUCCUUUGAUUUCUAAAACAACCAAGGUGUCUGCCAGAUCAAAACAGACCUCCAUCAACCAGGAAGUCUUCGACAUUCGCCAGUUCCUACUAAACUAUCGUAAACAAAAAGAGCUGGCGGAAGGCAUUGGAAUAGACCAAGACGACGCUGAAGACCUUGAGAUCCCUCCCCCUGUAGAGUUUGAGGAAAAUGCUGAGGAUGGUUGUCCAGAUGUGAAAGCAGAACUUCCCACGCACCUAAGCAUUACCAAAGAUGUUAUGGAGCGCUGCAUUCAUCUGCUGUCUGACGCAAACCUCUGCCUCCGCCUCAAGGCGCUGGAUGUAGUGGAGCUGUGCGUUAGUGUGCUGAGUGAGAGGGAAAAUGAAUUGUUACCCAUGGCCCAUCGCUGCUGGCCCGCACUUCUGCAGAGAUUGACAGCUGAUGACCCACUAGCCGUCCUCAGAGCCUUUAGGGUUUUGUGUACUUUGGGUCAUACUUGUGGCGAUUUCUUGAGAAGGAGGGUCUCCAAGGAGAUUUUGCCAAAGCUGAGCUCUUCUCUGGCUCAACAAGCUCCCGUUAGUGCAAAAGCUGGACCCAUCUACACGCACACUUUGGCUUACAAACUGCAGCUGGCUGUACUUGAGGGACUGGGCUCACUGUGCCAGAGCUUGGACCUUGCUGAAGCAGACUUAGACGUUGUUUGCGAAGCAUGCCUGCCCUACCUAAGCUGCAGACAACCCAUCAAACUGCAAGAGGCCUGCCUGAGUGUUUUUCACCACUUGAUCCAGGUUGACCCCGAUGCCUUCUGGUUCACAUUAAACGAGUUACACUGCCCGUCCUCCUUCGUCCCACCGCACCCUGACCUACAGCCAGUGCGACUGAGCGGGAUGGGACGUCCCCGAGACGAGUACUCGGACAACGUGCUCAAACUGCUGAGGGAGGAAUAUGGCCAAACGGGCGAUGAAUAG